AUGACUGACCUGGUCCGCCCGGAGGGCAAGCUCCCCAACAAUGAUGACCCCGAAGACCAUAGCAUUCUCUCGCGAAUGGCCCGGUUCCGUACGAACCCCUUCAACUUUGCUCACGAGAUAUCACUCUUUGUGCGCGGUGUCGGAUGGCGAGGAUAUAACAAUGUCAUCGGACAACCCGCCUUCUAUCCUGGCUACACGGCAAACGUCAAAUCCGCGGUCAUGGCCUCUCCGAUCCUGCGAAGAAGAAUCAUCGAGUUGACAGAGGCACGCUUGAAGGUUGAAGAGAAGGAAUAUCUCCUGGGAACUGACACCUCUACCUACAUGAAAGAGAAGGAGAAGCGGAGACAUGAGAUUACAUCGCAGUUGAUCGAGAUCACCAGUGACAUGGUCGACAAUAUGAUGUGCAAAAUGGAGAGCAAGCCUUACCUUCGGACCGCUUUUUAUGUUGUUACCCAGCUACUUACUAGGGCCUACAGCGCCAUCCACGUCUCAGAGGCCGAGGUAAAGAGACUGCGGGAGAUCGCGACAGAAGCUGCGAAGAAGAAACAGUCCAUUAUAUUCCUACCGCGUCAUACCAGCCAUAUAGACUAUGUCACCCUGCACUUGGUCUGCUAUCGCCUUGGCCUGACUUUGCCUGUCGUCGUGGCGGGCGACAAUUUGAACUUUCCUCUCGUGGGCAGCUUCUUGCAAAGUGUCGGGGCAAUGUGGAUUAGGCGAAGCUUUGAUCAUGACCAGUUAUACACGACUCUCGUGCAGGCUUACUUGGACACCCUUCUUCAGAAAGGCUACAACCUAGAGUGCUUCAUUGAAGGGACCAGGAGCCGCACCGGGAAGUUGCUACAACCUCGCUUUGGGAUCUUGAGCUUCCUUCUCGAUUCGGUUCUGUCAGGCCGGACGGAGGAUGCUUAUAUAUGCCCAGUGUCUUUGCAAUACGACAAGGUCAUCGAGGUUGACUCGUACGUGAGCGAAUUGUUGGGGAAACCCAAGGAGAAGGAGAACCUGGCGGCUUUCCUUUCAUCGUCCAAGGUUUUAUCCCUCAACCUGGGUAGAGUCGACUGCAGGUUUCACGAGCCGUGGAGUUUGAAAGACUUCAUUGAGGGACAGCAACGGCGCGAAGACGGCCCACUCCAACUCUCUGCCGGAUCAACCGACGCAAAGACCAGAACACGCUUGCUGCGCACUCUGGGUUACAAAGUUCUUGCCGACAUCAAUACCGCUUCUGUCAUCAUGCCCACCGCUUUGGUUGGUACCAUCCUGCUCACCCUCCGAGGCAGGGGUGUUGGUAAAUCUGAGCUGAUCCGCCGAGUUGACUGGCUUUGCGCAAGAACAAGGGCCAAUGGAGGUAAAGUUGCGGACUUCCACGGCAUGCCCACGUCCUAUGUGGUCGAACGCGCUCUUGAGGUGCUGGGACCGAAAUUGGUUGGCACUGUCGAGGGGCUAGCUGAGGAAACAUAUUACGCGGUGGAUCGUUUCCAGCUCUCGUUCUACCGGAACAUGACCAUCCACCUCUUCAUAUCAGAAGCCCUCCUAGCUGCGGCGCUGUAUACCCAGGUCAAGCAGGGCGGUGGCAGUGCCAAUCAGCGUGUGGCAGAAUCUGAGUUGACUCGGAAGGUUACCUUUUUGUCCCAGCUAUUCCGGGGUGAAUUCAUUUUCCCAGCAGGGCACGGAUUGCGGCAUAAUCUGGACAAGGCCCUGCAAGGCUUGCUACGUGAUAAUGUACUCCAGGCAACAGAGAGUGGUGGCGAACGAUGGAUUGGGUUAUCGGACGCCGAACGAAAACUCGGACGAGAGAACUUCGAUUUCUACUGCUUUUUAAUUUGGCCCUUUGUGGAUGCCGGCUGGCUCGGGGCAGUCUCCUUGCUGUUGUUGGUGCCGCCGUUGGCUUCCACCACACCCUGGAUUGACAUGCAAAAGGCUCAGAGCACAGCUCAACUUGUCGGACGGACCCUCUACCACCAAGGUGAUCUCUCCUAUUUCGAGGCAAUCAAUAAGGAGUCACUCAAAAACGCCUACACCCGGUUCCAAGAAGAAGGCAUUAUCCUUGUCGCCAAAGGCAAAGACUCCAAAACUCCGACCAUGGUGCGACUGGCCCCUGACUGGACGCCGGAACGAGAUCCGAACACAGGUGAGCUCAGAGCUUCUGGACGACUGUGGGACUUCAUCGAGGCGAUCGCGCUCUACCGACGGGAGGGCAAGAACCGCAGGGAUGGUGCGGCUGUGUCUGUGCGGGUGCUCUCGUUGACCGCCAAACUGAAUGAGCAGAUGUUCCAAGAUGUUGAAGGCGCAGCGGUGGAUUCCGCGGAGGUCAAGGUAAAGGAAGGGCGACGAAGGUCCAGAUUAUGA